AGGGCGCUAUCCAAGUCCCCUAGGCUCUGCCAGCAUUGCGGGUACCAUGGCGCAGGAACUACAGCACCCCGAGUUCGCGCGCGCGGGCCGGGAAGCGGGGCUGCAGGUGUGGAGGGUCGAGAAGCUGGAGCUGGUACCGGUGCCCCAGGGUGCCCAUGGUGACUUCUACGUCGGAGACGCCUACCUGGUGCUGUACACUGCCAAGGCGAGCAAGGGCUUCUCCUACCGCCUGCACUUCUGGCUGGGAAAGGAAUGUUCCCAGGAUGAAAGCACAGCAGCAGCCAUCUUCACAGUCCAGAUGGACGACUAUCUGGGUGGCAAGCCAGUGCAGAGCAGAGAAGUUCAAGGCUAUGAGUCUACUGACUUUGUGGGCUAUUUCAAAGGCGGUCUGAAGUACAAGGCUGGAGGCGUGGCUUCCGGACUAAACCAUGUUCUCACCAAUGACCUGACAGCCCAGCGACUCCUGCAUGUGAAGGGUCGGAGAGUGGUCAGGGCCACGGAAGUUCCUCUCAGCUGGGAGAGCUUCAACAAGGGCGACUGCUUCAUCAUUGACCUGGGCACAGAAAUUUACCAGUGGUGUGGUUCCUCAUGCAACAAAUACGAGCGCCUGAAAGCAAGCCAGGUUGCCACUGGCAUUCGGGACAAUGAAAGGAAGGGAAGAUCUCAGCUCAUUGUGGUGGAAGAAGGAAGUGAGCCCUCAGAGCUUUUGAAGGUUUUAGGAAAAAAGCCUGCACUUCCGGAUGGGGACAAUGACGACGAUGCCGUGGCAGACAUAACUAACAGGAAGAUGGCGAAGCUCUACAUGGUUUCAGAUGCAAGUGGGUCCAUGAAAGUGACUCUGGUGGCAGAAGAAAACCCCUUCUCCAUGGCAAUGCUGCUUUCUGAAGAAUGCUUCAUCUUGGACCAUGGUACUGCAAAACAAAUUUUUGUAUGGAAAGGUAAAAAUGCUAACCCACAGGAGAGGAAGACUGCAAUGAAGACAGCUGAGGAGUUCCUACGGAAAAUGAAUUAUUCUACCAAUACUCAAAUUCAGGUUCUUCCUGAAGGCGGUGAAACACCAAUUUUCAAACAGUUCUUUAAGGACUGGAAAGAUAAAGACCAGAGCGAUGGCUUUGGGAAGGUCUACAUCACAGAGAAAGUGGCUCACAUACAGCAGAUUCCAUUUGAUGCCUCCAAACUGCACAGUUCUCCGCAGAUGGCAGCCCAGCACAAUAUGGUGGACGAUGGCUCUGGCACGGUGGAGAUCUGGCGCGUAGAGAACAGUGGUAGAGUCCAGAUUGACCCAAACUCCUAUGGCGAGUUCUAUGGUGGCGACUGCUACAUUAUCCUCUACACUUAUCCCAGAGGACAGAUCAUCUACACAUGGCAAGGAGCAAAUGCUACAAGAGAUGAGCUGACCAUGUCUGCAUUCCUGACUGUUCAGUUGGAUCGAUCUCUUGGAGGACAGGCUGUGCAGGUCCGUGUCUCUCAAGGCAAAGAGCCUGCUCACCUGCUGAGUUUGUUCAAAAACAAACCACUCAUUAUUUAUCAAAAUGGAACAUCCAGGAAAGAGGGGCAGGCACCUGCUCCCCCUACCCGCCUCUUUCAAGUCCGGAGGAACCUGGCAUCUAUCACCAGAAUUGUGGAGGUUGAUGUUAAUGCAAAUUCAUUGAAUUCCAAUGAUGCUUUCGUCCUAAAACUGCCAGGGAACAAUGGUUUCACCUGGAUAGGAAAGGGCGCUAGUCAGGAGGAGGAGAAAGGAGCUGAGUAUGUGACUGAUGUCCUCAAGUGCAAAACCUCAAGGAUUCAGGAAGGUCAAGAACCAGAGGAGUUCUGGAACUCUCUUGGAGGGAGAGGAGACUACCAGACCUCGCCAUUGCUAGAAACACGGGCUGAAGACCAUCCACCUCGGCUUUACGGCUGUUCCAACAAAACCGGAAGAUUCAUUAUCGAGGAAGUUCCUGGAGAGUUCACCCAAGAUGACUUAGCAGAAGAUGAUGUCAUGCUACUUGAUGCAUGGGAACAGAUCUUUAUUUGGAUCGGGAAAGAUGCCAAUGAAGUUGAGAAAAAGGAAUCAGUGAAGUCUGCCAAAAUGUACCUUGAGACAGACCCUUCUGGAAGAGAUAAGAGGACACCAAUUGUCAUCAUAAAACAAGGCCAUGAGCCACCCACCUUCACAGGCUGGUUCUUGGGCUGGGACUCCAGAAGGUGGUAAACUGAGUUUCAUAAAAAACAGCUAAUAUUCUAGCUGCAUCUGGGCAACUGGCCCACUUUGUUGUUGGGUAUUUGUUUACUUUUUGUUGUUUGGCUUUAAAAGAUAAACCUCUGCCAAAUGGAUAUUUUUUUAAA